GCCAGAAAGCAGUUGUGAUUGGAUCUAAUUAGACGCUGCUGCAGCAAAUAGACAAGCUCCCUGCGUGAUUGGCUUCAAAGUGGCUGGUGCCAAACAACUAGCAGAGGCGCAAAAGUAGCCUCCCUGCGCUGGGAGCCCAGAACAGGAGGCAGAGCCCGCGGGAAGCUCGGAGCACUCAGGACGCCGCGCGCCCUUCCCCGCCCUCCCUGACCAGGGAGCAGCUCGCUCCAGGCGCCCAGCCGAGGCCCCCAGCCCAGUGGGAGCAAGUCAUAGAGAACAAUUCGAGAGACAGAGAGAGACGGAGCGCGCUUUCCUGCUCAGUCCUGAAAAGUGAGCGGCUCCCGGGUUUGCAACCUCAAGCUUCGCAGCAGCGGCGGCGGCGGCGGCUGCUGCCGGGAAGGAGGCAGGUGCAGGUGCAGGAGGGAGGCGGCUCUGGGCUCCGCGCCUGGGUCUCGGCCAUGGCCUCGGUCCUGGGGAGCGGCAGAGGGUCUGGAGGGCUGAGCAGUCAACUCAAAUGCAAGUCCAAGAGGAGGAGGAGGCGGAGGUCCAAGCGGAAAGAUAAAGUAAGCAUAUUGUCAACCUUCCUCGCUCCUUUCAAGCACCUGAGUCCUGGCAUCACAAACACGGAGGAUGACGACACCCUCAGUACCAGCAGCGCGGAGGUGAAGGAGAACCGCAACGUGGGCAACCUGGCCGCGCGGCCACCGCCCUCCGGGGACCGGGCCCGGGGCGGCGCGCCCGGCGAGAAGAGGAAGCGGCCGCUGGAGGAGGGGAAUGGGGGCCACUUGUGCAAACUGCAGCUGGUCUGGAAGAAGCUGUCGUGGUCGGUGGCGCCCAAGAACGCGCUGGUGCAGCUGCACGAGCUGAGGCCGGGCCUGCAGUACCGGACAGUGUCGCAGACGGGCCCGGUGCAUGCCCCGGUCUUCGCGGUAGCGGUGGAGGUGAACGGGCUCACGUUCGAGGGCACAGGCCCCACCAAGAAGAAGGCCAAGAUGCGCGCGGCGGAGCUGGCACUCAGGUCCUUCGUGCAGUUCCCCAACGCCUGCCAGGCGCACCUGGCCAUGGGCGGGGGCCCGGGCCCCGGCACGGACUUCACCUCCGACCAGGCCGAUUUCCCCGACACGCUCUUCCAGGAGUUCGAGCCCCCGGCGCCGCGCCCCGGUCUCGCGGGAGGCCGCCCCGGGGACGCCGCGCUUCUGUCCGCGGCCUACGGGCGACGGCGGCUACUGUGCCGCGCGCUGGACCUGGUGGGCCCGACCCCCGCCACCCCCGCGGCCCCGGGCGAGCGCAACCCCGUGGUGCUGCUGAACCGCCUGCGCGCCGGGCUGCGCUACGUGUGUCUGGCGGAACCGGCCGAGCGGCGCGCGCGGAGCUUCGUGAUGGCCGUGAGCGUGGACGGCAGGACGUUCGAGGGCUCGGGGCGCAGCAAGAAGCUGGCCCGGGGUCAGGCCGCGCAGGCCGCCCUGCAGGCGCUCUUCGACAUCCAGAUGCCCGGCCACGCGCCCGGCAGGGCCAGGAGGACGCCAAUGCCGCAGGAAUUCGCAGACUCCAUAUCCCAGCUGGUCACACAGAAGUUCCGCGAGGUGACGACGGACCUCACGCCCAUGCACGCCCGCCACAAAGUGCUGGCAGGAAUCGUCAUGACCAAAGGCCUGGAUGCUCGGCAGGCGCAGGUCGUGGCCCUGUCCUCGGGGACCAAGUGCAUCAGCGGCGAGCACCUCAGUGACCAGGGGCUGGUGGUGAAUGACUGCCACGCGGAGGUUGUGGCCCGGCGGGCGUUCCUGCACUUCCUCUACACGCAGCUGGAGCUGCACCUGAGCAAGCGGCGCGAGGACUCAGAGCGAUCGAUAUUCGUGCGGUUAAAAGAAGGUGGCUACCGGCUGCAAGAAAACAUCCUCUUCCAUCUCUACGUGAGCACCUCCCCCUGUGGAGACGCAAGACUCCACUCUCCCUACGAGAUCACCACAGACAUGCACAGCAGCAAACACCUCGUCAGGAAGUUCCGCGGGCACCUGCGCACCAAGAUCGAGUCUGGGGAAGGGACGGUCCCCGUGCGUGGCCCCAGCGCAGUGCAGACCUGGGACGGCGUCCUGCUGGGGGAGCAGCUGAUCACCAUGUCCUGCACGGACAAGAUCGCCAGGUGGAACAUCCUGGGGCUGCAGGGCGCGCUCCUGUCCCACUUCGUGGAGCCCGUGUACCUGCAGAGCAUCGUGGUGGGCAGCCUGCACCACACGGGUCACCUCGCACGCGUCAUGAGCCACCGCAUGGAGGGUGUCGGCCAGCUGCCCGCCUCCUACCGGCACAACCGGCCUCUCCUCAGCGGCGUGAGUGACGCCGAGGCGCGCCAGCCGGGGAAGUCGCCCCCCUUCAGCAUGAACUGGGUCGUGGGCAGCGCGGACCUGGAGAUUAUCAACGCCACCACUGGGCGGAGGAGCUGUGGGGGCCCGUCCCGGCUCUGCAAGCAUGUGCUGUCUGCACGGUGGGCGCGGCUGUAUGGCAGGCUGAGCACACGGACACCCAGCCCCAGAGACACGCCCUCCAUGUACUGUGAGGCCAAGCUGGGGGCGCACACCUACCAGUCUGUGAAACAGCAGCUGUUCAAGGCCUUUCAGAAGGCUGGCCUGGGCACCUGGGUGAGGAAACCACCGGAGCAGCAGCAGUUUCUACUGACUCUCUAGGCUGCGGGCUCCUGGCUGCUGGAGCUGAGCGGGACGUUGGAGGGAUGGGACCGUGUCUGGGGGGCAACGUGGCGGGUCGGCCGGUUCCCUGCAUUCAUUUUACUUUGGUGUUCCAGAAACACGCGAGUGUGCAAUGUUUGGACGAGCAACGACACAAAUUCAGAACGUGCCUCUUUCCAGAUCGCUGGCCCCAGAACCCUGUCCCCCACACCCAAGGGCACACGCACUGUUGAGUUAGCGCCGACUCUUCCUGUGGAGUCUGAGGGAGGGGCUCCAUUCAGGCAAAGGGGUUUUAGCUGCAGCCUUGGAAGGAGGCACCGACACGACACCAGGCAGGAGUGAGCCUCAGGCCCCGUCCCUGCACCCCACCCCUGCGUGCACCUCUUGGUGAUGUUGGGGUCUCACUAGCUUGAGGGGGCACAUGAAGAUAAGCCACAAGUGAAGAGAAAAGCCAUGCCCACCCCAGCCCCAGAGAAACCAAUAAGAAUGCUCUAUUAUUUUCACUAUUCAUUUAGGUUUUUAUACUGCACCUCCUUUCAAAAAAGAUUUAAGAUGUACGACAUUACCGAACACCUAAAAUAGAACCAGAGAAACGAAAGCCAUUCCCACAAAGUGAAGGAAGUUUCCAAAACUCCUGUGAGGCAGAGUUAAGACCUGUGAUGUGGGGAGCCUGGGAACACCCAGCCCACGUGUGCUGCAGAUGUGGGGAACACGGAAACACCCGGCCCACGUGUGCUGCAGAUGCGGGGAGCCCGGAAACACCCGGCCCACGCGUGCUGCAGAUGUGGGGAGUCUGGAAACACCCGGCCCACGUGUGCUGCAGAUGCGGGGAGCCCGGAAACACCCGGCCCACGCGUGCUGCAGAUGCCGGGAGCCCGGAAACACCCGGCCCACGCAUGCUGCAGAUGCGGGGAGCCUGGAAACACCCGGCCCACGCGUGCUGUAGAUGUGGGGAGUCUGGAAACACCCGGCCCACGCGUGCUGCAGGUGCGGGGAGCCUGGAAACACCCGGCCCACGCGUGCUGUAGAUGUGGGGAGUAUGGAAACACCCGGCCCACGCGUGCUGCAGAUGUGGGGAGCCUGGAAACACCCGGCCCAUGCCUGUUCAGUCCGUCAUGGUGUUUGGUUUAUGGUGGCCGAUACUGAGAGCCACUGAGGUUUGGGUUGUGUAAGGGUUAGCUACCACCCUAUAACCUCCCUACCAGGUAAUAAGGAGACCAAGUCUUUGAUCAAAUUCUGAUUUUUUAACUAAAUUUUCAUUAGAAAGCAAGCACAAAAUAAAAUCAAAACAACCUUUACCUUCAGCUUGAGAGGCUACCAGCUCUCUACUCUUUCAGAUUCUCCAAUCAACACCUUGCAGGACAAGACCCCAAAAAAGUUCAGCUGUCAAAAAAUGUAAGAGGCAGGAUUCUGUGACCCUCCGAGCAGGCUUCCAACACCAGAGACCUUCAGCUCACAGUGGAGACAGGACAUGGGGGCUUUAGCCCACAGCGUCAUCCCUGAGAGCCGAGGCGCUGUAUUCAUACGGGGUCAGGCUCUUUUCCAAGUAUCUUUACGUAAUCCAUGUACCUCGAGCUGCUGUCAUCUCACCUCCGAGAACUCAUUUCUAACAUUCAUCAUGCUAGAUAGCCAGUCUCUCAUUUCUCCAACUUAAAAAAUCCAUCUCUGAAAUUCAUGACAGUGACGGCAGACGGCAAAGCAUGGUGGUGUCCACAUCUGGGGUGUGGGCUUCCUGGAAAGAAUCCCAGCUGACCACCCCAGAAAGUGCAAGAAUAACAUCGUGCUGUACAUAGUCAAGUGCUAUAAAUUACAGUUAUCAUAAUGAGAAGGCAGAAAUGAAGCUGAGUUGUAGCUAUUUGUUACAAGAUAAUAAUAAGUAGAGAUAUUAGUAUGGAAAAAGAAACUUUUCCUGGGAUUUAAAAUCAGGCCAAAUUUAUCACUCAAGUUCUUUUAGAAAAGAAAACAGGUACUGGAGUAGACAACUUCUUUCAGAUAAAGUUUCAAAAGAUACGAGAACAUUUUUUCAAAUAAAGGAUUCACAUUAAUCUUUUAUAAAAAUCACAAAAAUAAAUGAAAUCUUAAUUCAGUGCAAAAGCUAAGCUCAAACGACCAGUUUCUAUUAAGUUCUGGUAACUUGACAUCACUAGGAUGAAGCUUAGAGAACUUAGAGUCGAGAGGCUAUGGGUGGCUCAGACAUUCGCAGCCGUCAGAAGUGAGCGCUCCCCUGAAUGCGUGGGAGCACGGCCAGCUCCUGGCUGAAGUCUCCCACCCAGGCCUCAAAUCACCUUCAUCUGAGAUGUUGGCUAGAGAAGCAUAUGAUGCUUUGUCCCAGUGGGCUCCAAAUCACGCUGUUUCUGCAGCGAGGGGGCCUAUGUUGCAAGCAGACUUCACUGUCACAGGGAAGACGCAGGGUCUGAUUCACAGGACUUGGAAAGCGCUCGGCCACCCAGUGGCCAGCAUCAUGAAGCCACAGCUGGAGGGUUGGGAUUGGUUUUGUCUCAGGCAUUGACCUUCCAGAAACAACUCAGACUUUACUGAAAUAUCAACAUCCACAUCUGGAGAAAGCCACACAUUAAUUCCAUGCUACCCAUUAGUACAAGUGUAUGGAUUCGCUUAUUAAGUCCACAGGAGACUCCAUGGAAGGAAAGAUUAAAGCUCUUCAGAGAAGGCUGAUAGCGAGAGAAGAGUUUCCAAUGCAGCCAGAGUGAGGUUGAGGUGCCGGAGCUUUUCCGUGGAGGGAUCUGUCAGAGGGGAUGUGGGCUGCAGAGGGGACCUCACGUAAGGAAAGGAGGGUCCCAGGCCAUGGGUAGUGAAAGGAGAAGGUAGUCGAGGCAGUCAAGGGUGACCCAACAUGCAGGAGGCACGCCACACCAGAUCACGCCACACGCAGGCUGCUCCCAACUGGCAGGGCCUGACCCAACCGGCAAGGGCCAGGUCCUAGGAUUCCACAGUGCCAGGAGUGCCUGAAGGGGCCAGGUCCCAGGAUUCCCACAGCCCCAGGUGUGCCUGGAAGACCCGGGUCCCAGGAUUCCCACAGCCCCAGGUGUGCCUGGAAGAGCUGGGUCCCAGGAUUCCCACAGCCCCAGGUGUGCCUGGAAGACCCAGGUCCCAGGAUUCCCACAGCCCUGGAUGUGCCUGGAGGGGCUGUGACACCUCUGCAGAGAUGGAAGGGCUGGUGUUGAAGUCUGAAGAUUUCACCCUCGGGUCCAGGUCAGAACAUCCCAGCACCACUUUCAGGCCAGGUCUGCCCUGCAGUUUUGACCACUGAAUUGGUCUUAAGAGUGGCCACCCAUUCCCCUCCAAGUGAGGGGGCAAGACACAAGUAGGGGACGGGUCACUUUCUGUCACCCUGAAAAUACGCUGGGCACAACACAAGGGGGGCUGAUGAAGUCAGGCCCGCCCCUCCAAGUCCACCUUGAAAUCACCGCCCGGCUUCCCUGCAUUUCCCACCACCUGACACCGCCAAGCCCCUUGCUUCAGAUUUUCUGUGGUCUGUAUUCAUGCCCUUGCUUCAGAUUUUCUAUAGUCUGUAUUCAUGCCUGCUUAGGCCCCUACAAAAGUCCUCAUAAAACCAACACUACCUUUAUCUGCUUCCAAAACACACACCGCUUUCCCAUCGGGAAGAUCAGCAAUGUAGUUCCCGGCCUGGUUCUUAGUCAAAAAGUUAGUGUCUGGUGGUUUCUGGCCUUUUUGCAGGACGGAGCGCAGGGAACGGCUGCGCGGCCAGGCAGCCUCUGCUGUCCACCUCCAGCCCCGGUUUUGCAGCCGUCUGUGAUGUCAAGAGAUGGAGUUAGGGUUUCUGUGGGUUUUGUUUUUGCUGAGGAAAGGAUGUGCGGGUCGAUAGCUAUUGUUUCCUUUCCAUUCCUGCGAUUCUCUUUACAUCUGUAUAUAUCUAUCACACCAUGCUGACUUUGUGAUGAGUCCUGUUCCUCGGAAACAUCAAGCUGGGUUCCUUUUCAAAGAAACACACAGAUCAUAUUUCUCCAUCUCAUUUUGUUUUCACAGGGAGCUUUUCUUAUCAACAAAGUCACAUGCUUCUUUUUGGAUAUAAUGUUUAUCACGUCUAGAGAGCCAUAAACAGUAAAUACAGAGGAUAUCAAUGCCCAGAAUAGUUAGAGUAUUUUGAUGAAAUCCUAUUUUUAGAUGAUAAAUUUCAAGAUGUGUCUAUAGUAUAUUGUUUAAAACAAAGACAUUUGAGACAUACAUAGACAUUUUUAAUUUAGGGAAACUUAUAUGCCCUUUUUUAAGAAGCCAUUCUAAUAAAAUAAUCUGACUAAUUAGCCCAAAAUACAAUAAGUAUCACUUUCUAACGGAGACCAAAGGGAAGCUGAGAGCCUUUCUUUUUACGUACUGCCGUUGGAUCGCUGCAGCCACCUCUCGUAACACCCGACAGAACCCGGUGAGGCUCUGUGGGCUUUCCGCGGCCCUGAAGGGAGGCUGCAGAGUCCCCUAGUCCACGUCAGGGAGCCGCCAUCCCACACACCUCCAAAGCCUGUCCUCGCCUGCGGUUUUUGCAGAGCUCGCGGUUGGAGGUGGAAAUUUGGAAGCCCUGUGUUGCAGGAGAGGCCGUAGCAACCCCAGGCAGCUCUUAGCAGGGACAGACCAGCCCCCGCCUCGCUGGUAUUUUAGGGUCUUUUGGUAUUUUGCCACCGUGUGGGGCUAGGCGGGCGGCUGAAGGACACGGUGUAGGCCUUGCUGCUGUCUGGGUUCCUCGCCACUGCAGGAGCAGGGCUGUUCCUGGAAACACUGGGCUGCUGGUGGCCCAUCAAACUUCUCCCACAAAUUCUGAAUCUGAGAAAGUGAAGGAAGGAUGGUGGGGAAGUGAGGAGGCAGGAGCAGAGGCCACAGGGACUGACCAGAGAUGUGGUGAAGACAGAGAGCUUCCUUCUCAGGCUGUUCCUGGGAAGCCUGAGAGGCAGCCGGCACCACCCUCCUCCGCUCACUCUCCCCUCAGCCUCUUCACUUCCCUUCUCAACCCUUUCUCUCCUCCCCGCCUCUUCCCUUUCUUGCUGUCUUGUUAGUCCUUGUCCCAAAACUCCUGGCUCCUUUGUUCUGCUGCUAUGGCCCCCACCCAGGAGGAGGUCUCAGACACCAUCCCCCCAACGAGGGAUCCACGCAGCAGGUUCAUGCCAGGGCUGAGAGCGCCCUGCUGGGUUCCUACACAACAGGUUCAUGCUGGGGCUGGGGGAGCCCCGCUGGGUUCCUGAUGCAGCAGGUUCGUGCUGGGGCUGAGGGAGCCCCGCUGGGUUCCUGACGCAGCACGUUCAUGCUGGGGCUGGGAAAGCCCUGCUGAUGCCUUGUGCACAGGGAGUCGCUGCAGUCAUUUUUGGACUCUCCUGAAUGUGUCCACAUGUUCUGACCUCCCACCAGAAGGAACGCUGGUGGCCACAUCUCUAGAGAUCUAUUUACUUUUUUGAGACCGGCUUAUGAGAUUGGCUAAUUUUUGUAUUUUUGGUAGAGAUGGGGUCUCACCAUGUUGCCCAGGCUAGUCUCGAACUCCUGGCGUCAAGUGGUCUGCCCACCCCGGCCUCCCAGAGUGCUGGGAUUACAGGCAUGAGCCACCGCGCUGGCCUCUAGAGAUUCACACCAAACAAUAUCACUCCCGCGGGAACCGUAGACAGAUCAAACCCUGGUGAGAGGAACACUUUAUUUCCCAACUCAUCAUCCUAAAGCCAAGGUUGGAGGGAUGAGCAUCCCCUAAACACCAAGGUGAGAUCACCUGGGUCCCAGUGCCUCUUUUCACGCAGGCCCUAGAUUUCUAUCUCUCUGCAGUUUAUGCAUCGGUAAAAAAAAAAUCUCUCCCAGUGUGCCCCAUUAGUUUUCAGCAUUUUGUAAGCAAAAUGAACUUAACACAUAGUAAUUCUAAUUGAAGGUAUGUACAUAAAAAGCAUGAUUGAAUGGCAAUAUUGUAUCAAUGGAUGUACAUUUGUAAUAUUUGUAAAAAAAAAUCCAAAACCUUAAAAUAUGAAUUUACAUAUGUUAAUUUGCCUCUAAGUUCUAUAAAUUGCACUUCAGUGAUAUCUAAUAAGUGAAUGUUUCUGUUAAGUGAAUAAAAAUAUUCAGUAAAAUUG